GCAUGCGCAUUUGUUUGAUGGCCGGGUUUAGGUUCAACUUUGUCCUUGAUGAAGAAAGUGACGCUAACGUCGCUCCACUUUCUACCAGAGCCCGGGGUCCUCAGCAGAGUAGCAGCAGCAGCAGCUUCAAACUCUCAGAGCUGGAGGUCGUCGUAGAGACCUUUCAUCAACAGCUCCUCACAUUCAUCUCUCCUUCGUACCACUCUGUGGUACUCCAGCGAAAUACCUUCUCUCCCCUCUCUCACCCAUCCCUCUCUCUUCCUCUCCCCAAGACGUUGCAGUAUGUAACCUCUGACACACUACAGUCACUCUUAGAUGGAGGCAAAUCUUCUGGGCAUGAUUCAAAUUUGAAAUCUGGCACGGAGGAAUCGGUACUCUGCAGACUUGGUUCUGAACUGGGACCUCUGCUGGGCUCCACCGAUUUUCUGCACUCUGACCUCAUUCCAGCCGUGUACGAGGGCGGAAUGAAGGUAUGGGAAUGUGCGUACGACCUGGUGGACUACCUGGCCAGUGGGGAUUCCCCUCCUCUGUCAAGACGUCGCGUUCUGGAACUGGGAUGUGGGAUUGGGUUACCAGGCAUAUUUUCCCUGCUGACUGGAGCCGAGGUGGUUCAUUUCCAUGAUUACAAUAGAGAGGUCCUGAGCUGCCUCACUAUUCCUAGCGCUCUGGCAAGUUUUGUUUCCGGCCGACCAGAAUUGAAAUCGGGACAAACCGGUCAAACCGGUAUUCUGGACCAGUUAGCAGACAAGACAAAGUUUUAUUACGGGGAUUGGGCCGAUUUUGUGACAAGUCACUGUGAAUCGGGGGAAUCCCCCUAUGACAUCAUUUUGACAUCGGAGACGAUAUACUCUCCCUCAUCGCAGCCGAAACUGCUCCAGGCACUCAAUAAACUGACCAAUCAGAGCACUGGACUGGUUGUCAUGGCAGCCAAGGUCCAUUAUUUCGGAAUUGGGGGGAGUGUCGCAAUGUUCAGUGAUCUGGUGGCUAGUGACGGCCAUUUUGAGUUGUCAGUCGUCAAAAAUAUCAAAGACACUGUUCCGCGAGUUAUUCUCCUACUAAAGCCAAGAAACUUGUAAUCAUUAAUAUUUUUCUAUAAGGUAGAUAUUCUCAGCCAAUAUUUCGGUUAGUAGUUAUAGUUUGCACUGCACUCUCCAGCUAUAUUCAAGGCUUUCACCUUGGUUUGUUGGCCUGUCUUUCCCCCCACUUUCUUGCUAAAAGUGUAUGAGAAACA